AUGGUGUCGACUACUUCUGAGGAGGUCGUAGGCGAUACAAAUAUCACGGAUUUCCUGAAGCGAUUGGAGGAUCUUAAAUUACAAUCCGACGAUGUCGAGCGUGAGCGGUCAAAGAAGCUCGAGGAGGAGAUCGAGGAGUCAAAACGACAAAGAUUGGCUCGAAGAACAGCCCGCUCAGGAUCGACAUCUCCCGAUAAACUCUCCACAAUGAUCUCCACCAUCCGCAGUUGCCAGACACAGCCAACCGCACCGUCCCCUUCCUCGCUCUCGGCUGCUACCGCUCUCAGAUCGCCUACCGCGUUCAAUCAGCAGACCCUCUCGCCCUCUCCUUCGCCUCGUCGUGCACGGGCUCAGAACUCCCUCAGUCUGGCACCUAAUCUGUCGUACGACCAGACGGCUUCUCCAAAGUCCUCGCCCGUCGAGAACUUCUCGAAGCGUUUGCAAAAGCUCGAUUCACCAGCAUCUCCUUUAGGGGUUAAAACUCAGCCAGCGCCGGAGUCACCCACCCGACGCAAUCUCUCCGAGCUCGAAAAGACCGUCGAUGACUCCCCCAAGCAGUCGCUGACUGGAUCUGACAAUGCAAAGAAUUCCUCCCCGGUGCUGUCACCAAGAGGGUUUGCUGAGCGAUCAAGCAACCUAAAAGAGCGACUAGCAAGAGCAAGAUCAGUAGAGUCGGCACCGUCUUCGCCAUCUCGCUAUGCAAUCGGCAGACCAGCUGACGGUGGAAAUGACGGCGACGCUGCUCAGACCGAUGAACGGGAGGAAGAGCGUCUCUCCAAGUUUUUGAGAUCUCCUAGCACUCGUCAACAGCAACCGCAACCGCCGGCGCAGCAGCAGCCUCUGUCGCAGCCUAGCACGCCUACCAGUGGUACUCCGAGAGGAAGAGUGACCGGCAACUACGCUCCAAUUUUUCCCUCCCCUUCGGUGGCCACUGCUCUCUCGCGGUCACCAUCAACUUCCCCCGAUCGAAGCUCACAGUUCAGGUCUAGCCGAUUGUCUGGAAUAGGCACGUUUGCCUCUUCAGACUUUUACAGUGGCUCAGGCCCAUCGCCCGCAGAGUUGGAAAGCGGGAGUUACGUCGUGCAAGCUACGAGACCGAAACGAAGUGACUCUAUACUCUCCAACUCAUCGCAAAUAUCGAUUGAUAGCAUCAACGAGCCACCUUCUUCUAAUGGAUCGGUUUAUGGCAGUCCGCGGUCGCCUUCGCCCUCAAGACCCAAGAGCCCUACCAAAGGUGGAUUCGUGCAAAGCGCGAUGAUGAGGCGCGAUGGCGGAAGCACUCCAAUUUCUAAGCGGCUAUCGAUGGCUAAUUUGCGGCCUGCGCCGGUUGUGCUGGGAUCACCGAACACGCCGGCGAAAGAAUAUGGAGAGGAGAGCAUUGAGGGAGAGAUUGUAACGAGUAUUUCAUCGCCUAGGGUAUCAGACGAGAGGAUGAUCCCGGAGCAGAUUGUCGAGGAGGAGACCGAGGAAGCUGCUGAGCAAGCUGUCGAGCAAGCUGUCGAGGAAAAGGUAACGCCGAGUCGAUCGUUGAGAUACUCAAUGAGACCUGCUGCGGUAAUGAGUCCAGGAUCGCCUCGGUCGGCACCUACUUCUCCGAUCAAUAAUGGAAUGAGAAUGAGUCCUAGCCGCGAGUCGCCGUCGGCUGCGAUGCGUAUGCGUGCGAGCCCUAGUCUUCAUAGGACGCCGAGCAGCCUGUCAAUGACGAGGUCUGCGACGGAUCGGUUCCGGGCGCGAGAUCUCGAUUUGGUUGCGCGUCAUGACGAGGACAGCCGGAACAGUACUGCGGUGUCGGAGUACAGCGAAUCGAAUUUCAAGCCGUCAAAGACGUAUCAGUCUUUGGCAGAUUGCGAGGACGAAGACGGCAGCAGUGCGAAGAGACGAGGGUUGCCGAGAAGUCCGGGCGGGGUUGUGCUUGGAGCGUUGAACAAUUCGCAGCCGGUGAGGAGAGUUAGUAAUUCGACGCCGUCAGCGGAGAAGGAGAAUACGGGGGUCGAAGGCGAGGAGAGUGCAGCGAAGGUGAUGCCAGCACGGGCGUCACCUAGUAGGACUGCGACAUUGCUUUCGCGAUCGGGAUCACGGUCACCGGCGGGAGGUGCGGGAGCGGGGAAGAAGUAUGGAGGAGGAAGUGGACAUGCAAAGACAUCUAGUUGGCUUGAGAGUGCGUUGAUGAAGAGUUCGGUUGGGAGUCCGCGGUCGACGACGACGAAGCGGGAUGUUCAAUGA